CUGCACUACAACCUGAUGCUGAGCGCCUUCAUGGAGAACUUCACCUUCUGCGGCGAGGUGAACGUGCAGCUGGAGGUGCGCAACGCGAGCCGCUACAUCGUGCUGCACGCGCACCGCAUGCACAUCGAGGCCGUGCGCGUGGCCGAGGACAAGCUGGCCGGCGCCGUGCGCGUCGCCAACUUCUUCCUGCACCCGCCCACGCAGGUGUUCGUGGUGGUGCUCAACCGCAGCCUGGAGGCGCAGCGCAGCUACAACCUCAAGAUCAUCUACAACGCGCUCAUCGAGAACGAGCUGCUCGGCUUCUUCCGCAGCUCCUACGUGCUGCACGGCGAGCGCAGGUUUCUAGGCGUUACACAGUUUUCUCCAACGCAUGCCAGAAAAGCCUUUCCAUGCUUUGACGAGCCCAUCUACAAGGCCACUUUCAAAAUCAGCAUCAGGCAUCAGGCAACCUACCUGUCUUUGUCCAACAUGCCAGUUGAAACUUCYGUUUUUGAAGAGGAUGGAUGGGUUACAGAUCACUUUUCACAGACCCCUCUCAUGUCCACAUAUUACCUAGCUUGGGCUGUGUGCAAUUUUACAUACCGGGAAACUAUCACCAAGAGUGGAGUUGUUGUACGAUUAUACGCAAGACCUGAUGCAAUCCGGAGAGGAUCAGGGGACUAUGCUCUAAAUAUCACACGGAGACUCAUUGAAUUUUAUGAAGAUUAUUUUAAAGUGCCCUAUUCCCUGCCAAAAUUAGAUCUGUUAGCUGUGCCUAAGCAUCCGUAUGCUGCAAUGGAGAACUGGGGACUGAGCGUUUUUGUGGAGCAAAGGAUACUGCUAGAUCCAAGCAUUUCUUCUAUAUCAUACCUGCUGGAUGUCACCAUGGUCAUCGUACAUGAACUAUGUCACCAGUGGUUUGGUGACCUUGUGACGCCAGUUUGGUGGGAGGAUGUGUGGCUAAAAGAAGGUUUUGCUCACUAUUUUGAAUUUGUUGGGACUGACUAUCUCUACCCAGGAUGGAACAUGGAAAAGCAGAGGUUUCUGACAGAUGUCCUGCAUGAAGUAAUGUUGCUGGAUGGCUUGACCAGUUCUCAUCCAGUGUCCCAGGAGGUGCAGCAAGCCACAGACAUUGACAGGGUGUUUGACUGGAUUGCCUAUAAAAAGGGUGCAGCUUUAAUUAGAAUGUUGGCUAAUUUUAUGGGUCACUCAGUUUUUCAAAUGGGCUUGCAAGACUAUUUAACCAUUCACAAGUAUGGCAAUGCAGCCAGAAAUGAUCUCUGGAACACAUUGUCGAAGGCUUUAAAAAAGGUUGGGAAAUUUGUAAACAUCCAAGAAGUAAUGGAUCAGUGGACGCUGCAGAUGGGUUAUCCUGUUAUUACAAUCUUGGGAAAUGAAACUACAGACAAUAUCGUAGUAAUCUCCCAAGAGCGUUUUGUUUAUAACAGUGAUGCUAAACCCAAGGAUCCUGACUUUGGAGACAACAGCUACUUGUGGCAGAUUCCAUUAACAAUUGCAGUAGGAAACACGAGCCACAUCUCAUCAGAGGCAAUUAUAUGGGUGUCUAACAAAUCAGAACACCACAGAAUUCCUGCUUUAGAAGAAGCAAGUUGGUUGCUGGGAAACAUCAACCAGACUGGCUACUUUAGAGUUAAUUAUGAUAUUAGAAAUUGGAGGCUGUUAAUUAAUCAGCUAACAAGGAACCAUGAGGUUAUCUCUGUCAGUAAUCGAGCAGGCUUGAUCGAUGAUGCAUUCAAUCUAGCCAGAGCCGGUUAUUUGCCUCAGAAUAUUCCUUUGGAAAUCAUCAGAUAUCUUUCUGAAGAGAAGGAUUUUCUGCCUUGGCAUGCUGCCAGCCGCGCUCUUUAUCCUCUAGACAAAUUGCUGGACCGCACGGAAAACUACAACAUCUUCAAUGAGUAUAUUUUAAGGCAAGUUGCAUCUAUGUAUCUGAAGCUUGGAUGGCCAACGAAUAAUUUAAACAAGUCUCUUGUUCAAGCAUCCUACCAACAUGAAGAAUUGCGUCGUGAAGUCAUCAUGUUGGCUUGCAGCUUUGGUAACAAACACUGUCACCAGCAGGCUGCAACAUUAAUCUCUGACUGGAUAUCCAGCAAUAGAAACCGAAUCCCACUUAAUGUCAGAGACAUUGUGUACUGUACAGGAGUUUCACUGAUGGAUGAAGAUGUAUGGGAGUUCAUUUGGAUGAAAUUUCAUUCUAUCACAGCAGUAUCUGAAAAGAAAAUAUUAUUAGAAGCCUUAACUUGCAGCGAUGACAGAAAUUUGCUUAACAGGCUUUUGAAUUUAUCCCUCAACUCAGAAGUUGUCCUGGAUCAGGAUGCAAUUGAUGUUAUAAUCCACGUAGCUCGAAAUCCACAUGGAAGGGAUCUUGCUUGGAAGUUUUUCAGAGAAAAAUGGAAAAUAUUAAAUGCUAGGUAUGGAGAAGCACUGUUUAUGAAUUCCAAGCUCAUCAGUGGAGUCACGGAAUUCCUUAAUACUGAAGAAGAACUAAUGGAGCUAAAGAACUUUAUAAAGACUUACGAAGAGGGAGCUGCUGCCUCUUUCUCCCGGGCUGUGGAAACAGUGGAAGCCAAUGUGCGGUGGCAAAGGCUUUAUAAGGAAGAACUAUUCCAGUGGCUAAGAAAWUCCCUGACACACUAAAAUGUCUUUCCAACUGACCAUUGGACAUAAAGUUCUGCAAGAGGAAAAAGAGAAAUUUUAGAGAUGCUUGACAUGAAAUUCAUGAAGACAAAAUAAGAUUGCAGGGAGGAGCUUUCUUUUUUCUAGGCUCAUGGAAAAUUGCCAAGAAGUUUUGCAGAAGAGAAGGUCAUGAAUGCUUGUGAAACCCACUCCUCAAGUGUACAAAACCAAACACGAUAUUAAGUGGUGCAUGUAAACGUUACUGUCAGUUUGAAGAAAAUGAAGCAAACAAAAACCCUUGAAAGACUAUUUUGUGCAUGCUUGUACUGUCCCUGCCUGUAUUCUAGCAUGCUUACGUAUAACAGCCACAUUUUGUAUGUGAAAUUCUGUUACAUCAAAAAUGGGCAUUAUACAAAGCACAAAGACUAUCUCUGACAAUCAGUGUUGCAAGGAACAAAAAGGAUGGAAAGAAGAAGAAUGAAAUGGCUUCUUAGUGGGGGCAAUAUGAGAGGUGAAGUCAGCUGUCACUGCUAGUUGCUGACUAGCCCAGCACUCAGAUUGUCUCUUAAUGAUUAUAAAGAUGAUGGCUCAUUUUUAAGUUGCCAGUUGUUACAACUGCAGUCUCUCUAUUGCCAUGAUUAAAUAAACUGCACAUAUAUAGAGAGUGCAAGAGAUAGAGAAAAYGAAUGUGAGAGGGAUCUCAUUCUUGCAUUGUAAUUACAUAGAUUUAUUUGCUGCUGAUCAGUGCAACAAUAUAGUUUUGAUCAUGUACAUACACAGUGUUUAUGAAAAAAAACUUUGCAUAGUUGAUUGGAGAGGAUCCAUGAACCACCUCUUCUGAACAAUUUUACAAGGCAGUGUUAUUCACGAUGGGUCAGCCAACCCGUGCAGUAAAUAGGAAUGUAGCUGAUGAUGCACAAGUAUUAUGAAUAAACAUAAGAUUCAAAUGGAAAUUAGCAAAAGGGGGGGAUGGCUUAUGUCUGAUUCUAUGCAAAAGCAUAGAAUUAACCAAGAUAGCUGUCUUGCAUGCAGUGGACCAGCCUCUGUAAUGAUGUAUUAUGGUAGACAACUCACAUUUUCCAUGUGGGCAGUAUUUUUGCAAAUAUGAGAUGUACCACUUAAUUCAACAUAGAAAAGUGAAAUAUGGAGAAAGAGGAGUAUGUGUGUGUCUGUAUUUGUAUUGUCUAAUAUUGAGAAAACUGUUUUAUUUCUGUUUUUUUUUUUAUUUUUUUUUAUUCCACUUAGACUGUUUAGAGAACUGAUACUCUUCUCAAUCAUGUGUUUGUUCAUUUUUUCUUGAUCCUCAAUUUGAGAAGCUGGUAAGAUAGUAGAAUUGUGAAUUGUAUGAUAACCUUCUGCAUUAUUGAUGCUCUGUGUUACAGAUGAAACUGAUUCAUCUUAYGGCCAAAUACUAUCACAUUUUUGCGCCAUGAAGAAGAAAAAACUAUAGAGGAUUUAUAGGAGGCAGGUUGCAGCAGCUCAGUGAGGAAAGUGGAUAUAUUGCAGUGUUUCUAUAGCCCAGCCCAGGCCAUCACAACCACCUGACCACAACGUCAACUCUCACUAGGGAGCACAUGGCCAGUGAAUGCAGAGAAUACCCAUUUUAAUUGGUUGUGUCCUUCAGAAGGCAUGGAGAUUACAAAAGUGCUUCACAGCAGCAAUAUCUCCCCUCAGUUGCUGAACAGUGGAAGUGUUAGUGUGAAAAGAGCGAAAACCUGCCAUUUUCAGGUACUACCAGAGUGACUCGGAAGGAGUAUUGAUUUCUAGCCUCUCACUCCAAUGUGUCCCUUUCUUCACGAACCAGUAGACACAUCCCCAAACUAAGCUACCAUACCAGUAUCUUUACUAUAUCAUUACUAUUAUCCAUCUUUGCCAUCUCAUUUUGUGUCUUCUAUGAUGCAGAGGGUGCUGUUUCUUGGGCUGGAUGCAUGAAAUCCUUGUGAAAAGCAUUUUCUCCACUUUUUGGUGGGAUACCACACUGCAUAAAACUGACUGCCUAUWGCCAGAAGAAGAGGGAAUCCUUUGCUAUUGUACUUUGUAUUUUUUGCCUCAUAGUAAGCUCUAAAUAUGUGUGAUAGUUUGCAUUAGUAGGGAACCUACCCUUUCCAUCCAGAGAUAUUUACACGAACAUGCUCAAUGAAAUCCUCCUCCUCCAAUGUAUUUUACCUACCUCACAGGGGUGUUGUGAGGCUUGAUAAUGUUAGCAAAGCAUUUAAAUAUYCUCUGAUGAAAGGCUUUUUAAAAUGCAAAGUUUUAUAUUAUGUGGCUGACCAAACUCAAACUCAGUGAGUAUGUAGCUUCACAGAUUUGAUUUCUUCUGAACAAAAUCACAUGCAGACUUGUUAUAAUAAAAAACAAGCCAAAUAUUCUCUUUUAGAGCCUCUAUCCUUCAAUGAAGCCCAAACUUAUAUUUUCCAAAGAGUGUGCAGAAACAUAAGCUCUCAAACGUGUUUACUUUGGGAAUUUCAGAGGAAAGUAGUGUAUAUAAUGGUCUGUCAGACUCUCUCAAAAUUCUC